AUGGCGAUGGCUGAUCGGCUGCUUUCUCUCUAUAAUUCACAUCCCAUCGUCCUUACACUUGGAUUUUUUGUUAUCCCUCCUGGACAACGUUGCUCCACUGCCAAGUACACCUCCAGUGGGUUAUUUUGUGCUCGUACCCCAUCAAGACCAGGCGUCGUUACGUCGGGCGCUGCCGCAGGAAAUCACUUAAGAGAGGACGCUCUGCAGUCGUACUCCUCUAUCCUUCUUCCGACCAUUACAAUGCUCGCCAAGGCUCUCAUACUUGUCGCUUCUGUUUUCUCUCGUGCUAUUCCAUAUGCUCGUGUUGAGUUGCACACUGUGAAGAUGGUUAAUCAAUGUGGUACCAGAAUUCUCACCCUAAGUCAGAAUUUCACAGUUCUCUCGACCGGAACUGAAGAAACUGGCACGGGUCCCUUCGAAUCAGCAAUGGCGCUCGACACUGACGACUGUGGUUUUAACCGCGAGUACUGUACAAUUGUGGAAAUAACUCUGAAAAAUCCUACGGUGCUCGGGCAGGCUCUAAUGUGGACCUUUCAGUCAUACAACCAAACUUGUUCAAUCCAACCACGUCGUUCUCAUACUUUGGCGGGUGUGAUGGAGAAGAAGAAUCAUGUGACAAUGCUUACUGUGUCAAUGCAUUUCAUCUGGCGACAGACUGGGAAGUUCUGGUGCAAUGUGAAGAUGACGAUGUAG